CCUUGCGCUUUCAGCCUGCAUCUUGCGCAUCCAGCAACACCGGCACAUUUCCGCACACCGCCUCCCCCCCCCUUCUCACCAAACCCUCCUGCCAUCCCGUACGCACGGCGCAAUACCAGAUGAUGGCUUCUCUAGACGACGAUCUUGUUGAGGUCUCUGACCAGUCCAUCCAGAACGAAUGCAAUAUCUUCGAGCCGCCACCGCCCGGAUCGCCCCCGCACCCAGACCAUGCCCUCGACGAGUUCUCGUCGGCGUCGGCCCUCCGCCUGUCCCAAUUCAACCUGUCGUCGAUGGUGGGCUCCCUGGGCUCGACCGGCGACGAAGCCGCCCGCCCCGAGAUCUCGAAGGAUCCCAAGGUCCGGAAAAUCAUGGUGCCCUGGGAUCCAUCUCUCCACUCGGAGCGUGCCUUUGACUGGGCUCUCCAGCACCUCGUCAAGGACGGCGACGAGAUUGUCAUGUUCCACGUCCUCAACUCGGACCAUGCGGUGUCGCUGAAGAAACAGGACCAGAAGAAUGGAACUCAUGAGCUGCCGCAGUUCCUGGACAACUUUGCCCACAGUAUCUACGCCAAAUAUCGGGAGAAGCUGCUUCUGUAUCCCGAGUUCCGGACCGCCAAGUUGAUUGUCGAUGUCAAGUUCGGCGAGCUGCACAGGGAGCACCUUGUCGAGUUUGCCGAAAACAUCGAGGCCACGAUGAUCGUGAUGGGGUGCCGUGGGCUAUCGAAGCUUGAAAGCCUUUUUGUCGGCAGCCUAUCGGCCUACUGCGUCGCCAACUCCAAGAUCCCCGUCAUCGUCAUCCGGGACGACCGCGAGUGAUGGACGAAGACUCGGCCCAGGAUCCGGGCUUCCUUCACAGUUCUGACACCCCACCCCACGUCCUUUUCGACUUGCCGCUGUCGUAUGGGAUACUUUGACUGGCUUCAGGCUGGCCGACGAGUACCAUGUGCUUAUCUGACUGGCUGCUUGCCCUCCUCCUCUUAUUCCCACGUAUCUCCCUUCCACUUCAAUCUCUCGAUCUCUCAAAAUUUCUUCUUGCUUUGUUGUUUCUGUUUUUGUUUUUGUGUGUGAUGCCCCUCCGGAUUUGCUUCUGCUUACUUUGCCAUUGUUUUCCCAUGG